UGUGUUUGGUGGGAGUCGUUUCCGGCGGUUCCUUGGUAACAAUGGAGAAGGAAAUGGCCGCCUGAGCGACGUGCAGGGUAGCGGCUACCCUCUACCACUGAGUCUCCCCAACUGGGCUCAGACGACGGUGGCAGGAGGCGAGAACGAUCGCCGCGGGCCCUGAGGAGGAGUUGCGUCCCAGCAGCGAUCCUCAGGCUUUUGGGAAUACUGAAAAGGAAAGAAAAGAUGAAAGUGUUAACAGUGAUCCAGUGAGUGAUGAAAGAAACAUGAAGAUUUUGGAGCUUGGAAGAAAGAGAGAAGCAAAGUGCGUGGUGUGUUGUGGGAAUUGAAUGAUGCUUAAGUUACCUUGACAUCUUAUUUUCAAAGAUAAUUUUCCAUUCGUUCAUCACAAUGGAAAACUCUGAUUCUAAUGAGAAAGGAAAUGUUGAUCAAUCUGAAGCACAACGUAGGCGGCAGCUGGAUCGAUUGGACCGGGAAGAAGCUUUCUACCACUUUGUAAAUAAUCUGAGUGAAGAAGAUUAUAGGCUUAUGAGGGAUAACAAUUUGCUAGGUACUCCAGGUGAGAUUACUGAAGAAGAAUUAUUGAGAAGACUUCAUCAGAUUAAAGAAGGUCCCCCACAACAAAACAAUGAUGAGAAUAGAGAAUCAGCAGAUGAUGUCUCUAACAGCGAUUCCAUCAUAGACUGGCUUAAUUCAGUCCGACAGACUGGAAAUACAACUAGAAGCGGACAGAGAGGAAAUCAGUCUUGGCGAGCCGUGAGCAGGACUAAUCCAAACAGUGGUGAUUUCAGAUUCAGUUUGGAAAUCAACGUGAACCGUAAUGGGACCCCGAAUUCAGAGAAUGAAAAUGACCCGCCUGCAGAAUCUUCCAUUGCAGAAGAUAUAGAAAACAAUGGCCCGAGUGACAUGGAAACUCCAAGAGCCGAGUCGCCAUUUAUCAGGCAGCACGGACCUGAAAGGAGCGCCCUUGAGGAAUUAACUGAAGAAGUGUCUCUUCCCAGAGGUCAGAGAAGAGCAAGAAGCAGGAGUCCAGAGCAACGGAGGAUCCGAGCGAGGACGGACAGAAGUAGGUCACCUUUGAUUUCAGUAACUGAGCUUCCCCGAAGAGGCCAUCACAAUGUCACAUCUCAGACUUUGGAGCAUUCUGUGGGAAAUGAGGCUGAGGGCAGUUCUAGAACCAGGCAGCAUGUGACAUUGAGACAACACAUGAUGGGAACUGAUCUGUCAAAUGAAAACGCCGUUUCGUUUUCAACUUCUGACAUGAGGAAUGUACCUCAGGCAUCAGGUUCUUCAGAAACCAGUGGGAGUAGUGAAUCUCUAGCUCCUGGACAGAGACCUCCAACUAUAGUCCUUGAUCUUCAAGUGAGAAGAGUUCGUCCAGGGGAAUAUAGACAGAGAGACAGCAUAGCUAGUAGAACUCGGUCGAGAUCUCAGUCGACAAAUAACACGGUCACUUACGAAAGUGAGCGUGGAGGGUUCAGGCGCACGUUUUCACGUUCAGAGAGAGCAGGAGUAAGAACUUAUGUGAGCACUAUCAGAAUUCCCAUCCGUAGAAUCUUAAAUACAGGAUUAAGUGAGACUACUUCGGUUGCGAUUCAGACAAUGUUAAGGCAGAUAAUGACUGGCUUUGGUGAAUUAAGCUACUUCAUGUACAGUGAUAGUGACACAGACCCCAGUGGCCCAUCCUUAAGUCCAAGUCUUGAGGACCCAGAACUUCAGAAUGCAGGCUUGGGUAGUAGCAGUAGUGGAGGUGGCAUCAGUGCUAGUACUAGUGCUGGCGGAGGUGCCAGUAGCAGCAGCAGCAGCUCCAGCAUUGAGAGUAUGGAUUCUAACUCUGAAUUAUAUGAUGGUAGCAACGAAGGCAGUUCAUCUGGUGUUAGACGGGAAGGUAGAACUAGAGAUAGGAGCUCGGUCACUUUUGAAGAAAGUGGUUCUUUGCCUUUCCUUAGUCUAGCUCAGUUUUUCCUCUUAAAUGAGGAGGAUGAUGACCAGCCAAGAGGACUCACCAAAGAGCAGAUCGACAACCUGGCAAUGCGAAAUUUUGGUGAGAGCGAUGCAUUGAAAACCUGUAGUGUUUGUAUUACCGAAUACACUGAAGGUAACAAGCUGCGGAAACUACCUUGUUCUCAUGAAUACCAUGUUCACUGCAUCGACCGCUGGUUAUCAGAAAAUUCCACUUGUCCCAUUUGUCGGAGAGCAGUCUUAACCUCUGGAAACAGAGAGAGUAUUGUCUAAUUGAGUUCUGGACUUGGAGCUAUCUGGCUGUUUAGAGCGAUGGGCAAAACCUGCAAACAGAUGUCACUUGCUUUAUGGCCACUUUUUGAGUGGUGUUAAGUGUAAUAUCCUGGAGUGCAUCUCUGCUUCCAAUAAAAUGUUCACCCCUUUCCCAGUUCCUAUGUGAAAUAAAAGCCAGUUACUUUAAACAGCAACGUUUUAGGGCCCAGAAAUCUGACUUUGAGUAUCAAUAAGUAUCUGUUUUAUUGAACAUAAUUUUAUCAUAAGUAUUUUUGGUUUCUCUUAAUUAUUUUAAAAGAUAUGUCUUAGUGAUGGUUCCUCUCAGUUUCAUUUUGAUCUUGAAAGAUCUAGCCCUGUCCCAUCCAGGAGAGAGCUGUAUGAAAUGGAAGCCCAGGUUGGAAUUAGAUUUCAUGUAAAUUUUUUUUUUUAACAUCGAAGCUGUACUAUCUCCAGCCAUUAGUUUAAAUUCAUUUAAAUCGAUAAUAUAAUUUGUUAUAAUUACUGAUUAGAUGGGCAUGUCAGUGUAAAUAACACUAAAGUUAGGGUCUUCUAAUUGUAUAGCUGUCUCCUAAGCCGAUCACUGGCACACACUGUAGCGUGAGCUAUGAUAGUUUAAUUGGGAUAUUUAUCUUGUUGUGGAAAUAAUAAAAAUGCCUAUGCUUGUUUAAAUAAAAUCACGGGGGGGGGGGUUAAAAAUGUAAGGCUUUUUUUGUAGAGGCUCAAUACUCUAUCCAGUACAGUGUUGUAUUCAUUGAAAAUUUUAAAAAGCACUAUGCUUAGAUGUAAAAAGAUGACUUUUCAAAUGAGGGCCAGUAUCUGUAGAAACACACAACAAUGAUACAAAGCUGUAUUUGUUAACAUAUGUGAUUGUCAAGAACAGCUUAUCUAGAAUUAUUCCUUUAUAUGAACAGCUGCAGUAACCUGAAAUGAGCAGGACAGAGUUCAGAACUUAGUCCUCUAAUUGCAUUCAAGACCAAUAAAGAGCAUUUUAGUGAUGAUAUUUGAAGCUUCAGGAAUGCCAGCAGAAAGGAGAUGGGUAGGGUUGGGGUAGAGCAAGGGGUCAGUCGAAGGAGAGAAAGCUCUGAAGAGCUUAACUUGCACUUGGUGUAGUCACUCCAAUGUGCCAGUUUUACACAAAGAGGUCAACACAGGCUUGAUGCCAUUCUAUUAAUUGUAGGUGAGGGUGCUGUGUUGAAUUUUCAGCAAUGUUGAUUGAGUUUUUGGUUUUGUUUUGUUUUUUGAAUAAAAAACAAAAAACAAACCCACAUAGUACAGAACUGAACUUUUCACGACUCUCUCACUCUUAAUGUUACAGACUAACCUGCCCCAAAAAGUGAUAGUGGAGGUGCAGGACUUAAAACACAUUUUAGCAGAAUUCUAGCUGCUAUAGACAUGUGCUCUGAAUGAAAGAGCACUGAGGUUUUGUCAUUUCAGAGUUUUGCUAUUUAAAGGUUAAAACAUACUCAGUCUUAUCUUAGUUACUAUCCCUUUAAUAUAGAUAUACCAUCUUAACAUUUCUUCUUUUAAAGUCCAUUUAAGAAGUUAAGCCUUGCUACCCCUCCCCCAGUUUGUUGAAAGUGUUAGUAAUAUUGGGCUAUAUUUGAUAUUCAGAGUUCAGAUAUGCUCUUCUUUCCUGUAGUUGAAGAUGUCAGUACUGACAUUCCCCUUCCUCCAUCCAGUAGUAGUAGAACACAAGCACACCUUUAGCUUGUUUCUUUGGUAGCAGGGAAGGGUUUGUGAUAAUGCCCAACCACUUGUAUGGUACCACUUAUGACCAGCAGAUGCACCUGAGAGCUCUGCCUUGGGGGAGCUUAUGGAACAGGAUUUUGGGCUGUUUUUUAAACAGUGCAAACCGGCCCAAAUUGGGGUGGAACUCAGGUCCUUGGCCUUGUUUGAGCAGCAUUUCUAACCAGAUGGGCUGAGGGGGCCAGGCGUAUUCAAAUGUCCUUCAAAGUAAACAAUUGAGUCUGCUUUGGACAUUAUCUGGGUACCUUAACCAGCAUUAGCCUGGCAGUUUACUAAGAAUUUGUGCUGCUCUUGCAAUGAAGCCCCACCAAAAUCCAAACAAAGCCUCAUUUGUUAAAAAGAGUGAGCAGAGGUCACUUUUAUGUCAUAUCCAUGAUGAAUUUUGUCUUUUAAAAAGUGAAAUUGGACAUUGAAGAUUGAGAAUUCCAUUCCAUUCUGGAGCACAGCCUUGCUUUCUUUUCAGAGGGUGUGCAAGCCACUCUUUGCAAAUCCACAGGGGUGGUUUUCUUAUUGGCUAGAAAUGAUCUCCUCUCUGUGGAACAUUCCAUUGCAUGGGGAGGAAGUGGGAAAUGUUCAGCCUCGGCUGGCUUUGAAACAAAUGCAGCACAUUUUAGGCAUAGAAGCAGCUUUUAUAGAGGACAGGGCACCUCUAGCCAUCUACCUUUACCUUCUAUGACGUAUUCUUUUAGCAAGUAUUAAAGAAGCGGGUCCUAUAGAAUGUUAACACUAAUGAACGAGGUUGUGGGAGCUGUUCUCCAUAGGCACUGGAAACAGUUGGAGUUUUUGUUUUGCGGUAGAAUGCACAUGAUGCUUCUAACGUGCACGUUGGAGGCAUCAUUUUCAGAAGCACUCAUUACUCUUCCAUUGGAUUGUGAAAUGGGGUUUACUACUUAAUUAUAAAUACUUUAUUUUUGAACUUUACAAAAUUUGUAACUUAUGUAUCUUACUGGGAAUAUGGAGAUUGACUUACGCCCUGAUCAUUAGCAGGGGUCAGAUGUACAGUGGAGAGCAAAAAUUGAUAUCUAUUUUCCCAACUAGCAGCUGAAUGCCUAUUGUUUUGAGAGCCUGUUCCCUUUUUAAGAGACUAUGCCUCAUUGUGCAUCUGUAGUUUUAGUUACUUGCAUAACAGUUCUCUCUUUUAAGUCUGUAUGCAAUAAUAGUAUCAAGAUAGAGGCAGCAUUAUAUAGUGGCUUUGGGGCCAGAAGCCCUGGGUUCGAAUCCUACACACACACACACACACACACACACACUCACUCUCACUCACUCACUCACUCACUCACUCCCACUCCCUCUAUGACCCCAGGCAAGUUCACUUAACUAACCUCUCAGUGCCCAGGGCAACUUUCUAUGACUUACUGAGAAGUUGCAGUUGUGCAGAGGAAGAGAAUAGAGAGGGAGUUUCCAUGCUGGAAGCUACCCACACCAGUGGAAUCGGGUCUGGGCCAACCAAUGACAACCACAAAAAAAAAAACACCCUCAAGAAAUGAGAUUUAACUAUUAAGUUUAGAGGAAUACUGAAAACCAGAAAGAAUUUUCUGGAGUGUUUCCAUUUUAAAUAAUGAAAAAUGUGUUGAAAGCUUUUUGUUUUGACUCUAAGCAAUUGAUCAAAUCAACUGAGAUUUGUUAGUGUUAGGUUCUACAAGUGCAAACUUUCUCAGUAACAUGAAGCACUUUGAAUAAUUGCUCAGAAAGGAACACCUCCCUCGGUGUAAAUGGGGUUCUGGAAGGUUUGCUUGGUUGGAGGGAGAUAGAUUUUUCCUGUUACUUUAGUAACAAGAGAUUUAUGCUUUAGAAUUUCAUUUGACCCAGUGAUCUUUUUAAGCUGAUUUCUUCUCAGAUGUUGACCUUCAUCUGAAUCUUUAGAAACUGGUUGGGUAUUAGCAUUACUUCAAGUAAUUUUUCCUCUUCUCAUUGUACCUUCCCUGCCCCACCUUACUCCCCCCCCAAAAAAAAAAAUUUUUUUCUGGUGCUUAGUGUCACUGUUGUUUGAAAUUAUCCUUAAUUGAAAUAUGAUUUCUCUUUACCAAAUGGUGAUGACUUGAAGAGGGCUAUCUUUAGGCUUGGUUGUUUUCCAAAUACCUGUCUACUAGGGAGGGGGAAAAAACAACCCAAAGCUGUCUUCGCUAUGGUCAGUUCUUUCUUGAACUGGCUUACAGUGACACCUUGUGGCCAUUUUGACACCUCUUCAACAAGGGAGGAUUUUCAGAGUCUCAAAAAUAAGAAGAUAGGUUUUCUGCCUUAAAAGAAAAAAAGAAAAGGGUUUUCCCUUCAAUGAUUUCCCUGUCAAAAAUCAUUACUAAUUUUGAAGUUCAAAGAAGCCAAAAUAUGCCUGGCAUGUCUCCUGGCAUGGAGCUAACUGGUGACUAGAUCAUCUCCUUGAACACAAAGGCCAAGACACCUGUUUUUAAGGUAGAAUACAUUUCAGUAUUUUUUUUGGUGAAUAACAGUGCUGUUGUCUACCUGGCUAUGGGUAGAUUAAACAUAUACUUGUGAGUGGGGUGGGAGGGGGUGACCCUUUGGGACAAUAAGGCCGCAAGUCAUAUGGUGAUUGGAAGGAUAAGAGCCAAAGGCUGGAUGUGUAACCCUUUUUGACUCUUGGAAUCCUAAGCUAGUGGUGGUUUGCUGCCUGCCCUUUCUUUAACUUUGCAGUUUUGAAAUCAAGGGCCUUUGGUUUCACCGAAACUUUUUCUAGCAAUUAUCCUGACCUGAGCGAGUUGUUUGCACCAUUUUAUUUAGGUGAGAGCAACCAAAAGUGUCUGGAGUUUGGGUUCAGCCAUCUGAUGCACCAGCGCGGUGGCGCCGUUAAGGUGAUGGUGCAACUCAGAAGGCAUUCUGUUUCUUUAACCUUUUUGAUUACAGUCUCUUGUCAUUUCUGUAGGCACCAAAUCACGUGUCUAAAAUCUGUUCCCAAAUACAGUUGCAGUGAGGAUUUGUUUUUUUGUUCUGAAAACAACUUUCAGAAAGCACACCCAUAGGUUGCAUUAUAGCCACCUGGGUUGAGAGAGAGAAAUGUGUGUAUGUGUGUGUGUAUGUGUGUGUGUGUAUACACACACACACAUACACACACAUAUAUAUACACAUACACACAUAUAUACAUACAUAUAUAUAUAUAUAAAUAUAUACAUAUAUAUUUGAAUGAGAUGCAGAGGUGGUUAACAAUCCUAUUAUGCCACACUGUGCCUUGGUAUUUUCAAGGCUCCUCUAGCAGUCCCUGUCUUGUAUACUUACUGCAGUACCUUGCAAGGUAUGGCUGCAUCAGUUCCCCAGCCUUCAUUCUAAAUAGUUAGUGCUCCUUUACUAACACCCUUAUCCUGCUGUGCUUUGAUGUGGGCACCUGCAGAGCCCUGAGAUUUUAUUUCCUAUUAGCUCCUGUGUUCUGGUGCUGCUUUAGGGAGUAGGGUCAAAUCAUACUGUCAAGUAACUAGUCCAGUAGGUGUGCAGUUAAUUGGCUUCUGUAUCUGCCUGUUUAAUCUUCUCCUGGGACGUGCUGCUAUGGGUAGAUGUUUACUUGGGUCUAUGUCAAAAAACUGGGUGACAAACCUGGGAACUUUCUGAAGCCCAUGAGAACCUGGGGAGGGGAUUGGGAGGGGGAAGAGCAACUAACACUGGCUUUGUGUAGAAAUGUCUGUUGUGUGAAGACUAACCAGUACUUGUCAUCCCACGGCUUCCUGAUCUGCAGGAGAGGCUUUCCCUCCUUCCAUUCCAGAAACAGAAUGGAGCUCAGAAUGCAUUUACUUGGCUGCCUUGCUUUCUCUGGUUUCUCGUUUUUCUUUCAUUUUGACCUGAACUCGACACUCCUCCAGCAGACCUGUGUUUAAAUGAGAUUGUAUUGCAUUUCCUUUUUUGUACAAUGUUUUAAAUCUGUUAAAAAUGAACCUGUUUAUUUCAAAGCAAAAACCCUGAAGGGUCAUAUUAAAGCAGUUUCUUCUUGAUAGUUCUCUUUUGGGAGGAGUUUAUUUCCUAUGUAAAUGUCAUACUGCAAAUUUAAGUUAUAGUCUAUCAAUAAAAUGCAUGAACUGAUCGUCUGUGCUUGGGCUUUUAAACUUUUUUUUUUAUUUUAAAUGGGAACGUUCCAUUUCGGUUCAACAAAUACUUGUUGAAUGAAUGAAAGAAAACAUUGGAUUGGAUGUGAUACCAGUUAUAUUUUGUAACUCCCAGUUCAGUUGACUGGAUUUUAAACAAGUGGAAUUGCAGUAUAACGUGGGCUUGAAUUUUCUUUCUUCUCAUUGGAUGUUCAGUAGUACAGAAAGGUAGGAAGGUACUGGUUUGUGUGCCCAUGUAACUAGCUUUCUUUGUGUAUUGUAUAAAAUAAAUAGCUUAACUUAA